AUGGCUGACCUCCAAAAUUAUGCAGUUCUCUUCCUCAUUUGGUUUAUCUCAGUCAUUCUGGUUCGGAAGUUUUUCCCAAAUACACGACCAAGGAUUUUCCUCCCACCUAGCCCAAUAGCCUUACCAAUCAUUGGUCACCUGCACCUUCUUGGUCCAAUUCCUCACCAAGCCUUACAUAAGCUGUCAAACCGCUACGGUCCAUUGAUCCAUCUUUUCCUUGGCUCUGUUCCUUGCCUUGUAGCAUCAUCAGCCGAUGCAGCGAAAGAAUUCCUCAAGACGCACGACCUUUCCUUCUCCUCUCGGCCACAAUCCGCUGCAGUUCACCAUUUGACUUAUGGCUCGGCGGAUUUCUCUUUUGCACCAUAUGGACCAUAUUGGAAAUUCAUGAAGAAAUUAUGCAUGUCUGAGUUAUUAGGUGGUAAAACACUUGAAAGUUUACUACCUAUAAGGAGAGAAGAAAUUCUCCAUUUUCUACAAACAAUGUUGCUUAAAUCCAAUUCAGGGGAAGCUGUUGAUGUUGGAAGAGAGUUAACAAGAUUGACAAAUAAUAUAAUUUCGAGGAUGACUAUGGGUACCAAAUGUUCAGGGACUAAAAAUGAAGCUGAUGCAGUGAGGUUAUUGGUGCAAGAAGUUGCUGAGCUAACCGGAACAUUUAACUUGUCAGAUUAUAUAUGGGUUUGUAAACAUUUGGAUGUACAAGGCUUGAGGAAAAGAUACAAAGAUUUGCAUAGAAGAUUUGAUGAUAUGGUUGAGAAAAUUAUAGACAAAAAAAUGAAGAGAAAAAAAGACGAAACGGGGACUCAUGGAAUUGAUGAAGAUAGCACUAGAGAUUUGGUUGACAUUCUACUCGACAUAGCAGAAGAUGAUAAUGCAGAAAUGAAACUAACCAGAGAAAACAUCAAAGCCUUCAUUCUGGACAUUUUUGCUGCCGGCACAGAUACAUCUGCGCUAACAACAGAAUGGGCACUGGCAGAACUCAUGAACAAUCCUGACAUGUUUGAAAAGGCAAGAAAAGAGAUCGAUUCAGUGAUUGGAAAGAGCAGAUUGGUGGAAGAGUCUGAUUUACCCAACCUCCCUUACAUUCAAGCAAUUGUAAAAGAAACAUUGAGAUUACACCCAACUGGUCCAAUAAUUCUUAGAGAAUCUACUGAAGACUGUAAGGUGCUAGGCUACGACAUACCUGCAGGAACCCGACUUUUUGUUAACGUGUGGGCAAUCGGCAGAGACCCUAAGAAUUGGGAAAAUCCACUCAAAUUCCAACCAGAAAGAUUCAUGCGUGAAGAAGGUAGCGGACCAAGUUCAUUAGAUAUUAGAGGACAGCAUUUUCAUUUGUUACCAUUUGGAAGCGGAAGGAGAGGAUGCCCAGGAACUUUAUUGGCACUGCAAGUAGUACAGACAACCUUAGCUGGAAUUAUACAGUGUUUUGAGUGGAAACUUAAAAAUGGAGAGAGUUUCCCUGUUGACAUGACUGAGGGAAAGGGUUUAACUCUUCCUAGGGCUCAUCCUUUGGUGUGUGUACCAGUUGCAAGAAAAAAUCAAAUGCCAGCAAUUUAACUGCAUCAGUUUGAUUUAAUGAAAAUCUUGUGCUGCAAUUUCAAUUUGAGUUUCUCACUUUUUUGUCGUAGUGUUUUAAUUUUCUUUACUUCGGAAGUAGAGCCAACACUUGGUAUGACACUGUUUUCGUGGAAAUGCUACAGGAAGUUCAUUAUAUAAACAACCCAGUUUGAACAGCAACGUAUAUAAAUGUAGAUUUUUGUUAGAGGGAGAGUAAAA